UGUAAUAUAUCGAAAGGGGAACUGCGCAUCUGGCCUCAAUAUAAAACUGCAGCAGCAAGCCAAGCGAGUGAGUUAAUUUGAUUGGGAGGUGGAUAGGAAGAAAUCAUGGGAUUUAUAAUGGAAUUUGCAGAGCAGUUAAUCAGGAACAGUAUGGAAGAUCCAAAGCAGAGGGAACGCAAACGCCGAGAACAUCUGUACGCCGUAAAGCAGCGGUGUAUAGAAAGAAUCGAAGAAACAAAGCUUCCACUGCGGCCUUACGGCUUCUGGACCAUGGAGAAGCAUACCCUCCGCCUUAACUGGGACAAGCAAAUGUCCAACGCCCGUGGCCGCACCGAUCCCUACGACAACAUCUCCGCUGAUCCCUUCGACUUCGAAGAUAAAAAGUGACAGGAGAUCAUAGUAUGGAAAUACCAGAGGACAACUGGGUUGGUGGGCUACUGUUUUCUUUCACUCAGAAUAAUCACUGUUGGCUACAAUUUAGAAAUUGGAUUAUAAUAACUCAGUUUCUCGUGUGUGAAGUGUAUUAUAUUCCAUUUACUUUUUCCCCAGAGUCUAGGUCUUUAACUUUCAUAGCCUUCAAUGUGAUCUCAAGAUAUAAUAAUCAGUCCUGAGAGACAACCUAUCAAACAUAUAAACUUUGCAAAUGAGUAAAAUUCUUUAAAAUCUUAAAUUA